AGAGUCUCACAGUCCCAGACAAACGAACUCCUCCUCACUUCUACCAAGAUGUUCCGCUACAUGCUCGUCGCCUCCGCCGUCCUGGCCUGCGCCUAUGCCGCCGCAUCCUACAACACCGAUGCCUCCGCUUACGUGGUGAAGAACAGCGCUGACAUCCAGCCCGAGGGACAGUACACGUACCAGUACGAGACCAGCAACGGCAUCGCCGCCCAGGAGUCCGGACUUGGAGGCUACCAGGCCACCGGAGGAUACUCCUACUACUCGCCGGAGGGACAGCUUGUCCAGAUCUCCUAUGUGGCCGAUGAGAACGGCUACCAGCCCCAGGGUGAUCUCCUGCCUACUCCCCCACCAAUCCCAGCUGCCAUCCUGAAGUCCCUGGAGUACAUACGCACCCACCCUCAGUACCAGGAGCCACAGCAGCAGUACCAGCAGGUGCAGCAGCAGCAAUACCGCAGCCCCGCUCGUUUCCAGAACAAGCGCGUCUACGGUUAA